GCACAAAACCCCUCCAGAAAAAAAAACCCCAACCGCCAUGGAGUUCAAGUUCCGCGCCGGCGGCGAGCCCAGCAGGCCUCCUCCGCCGUCGACGGACUCUGCGGCUACGUCGGCGGAUUCCCAGUCUGCGGGUGAGCGCACGUUUGUUCAAGUUCCCCCCUGUCGAUCUUUCUUAAUUUCUUCUUUCCUCUGUGUGAUUGUGAAGCCACGCAUGUGCGAGAUAGCCGCGGCGAUCACAGCAUGGGAUACCACGGGGAGAACGCCGGGCCUGUUCCGCCCCCGGCAUCUGACCCGGAUGAGCUGUGGCGACAGGCGGCCAAGGCUAGGAUAAGGGAGCGGAUCCUGCGGGAGGAGGCGGAGCUCGAGGUGCUCGAGGCGCAGGUCAGGCGUGAGCUCAUGGAGGAGCGCACCCCGUUGCUGCUAUCCGGGCUGGGGCGGUCGGCGGGCUCUGGCGCGGCCCUUGGAUCGGCACCUACGCCGGCGCCGUCCGGGACGCAGACGCGGAUCGAGCUCAAGGCCCUAUCGAAAGCAAAUGCGUCGGUAACCUUGCCGAUGAAGCGGAAGAACACUGAUGUUACUCUGGCGUCUGCUGCUUCAAUUUCAACAAGCACCAACAAAAAGGAGUUGAGUUGCACGUUGUGUGACAUCCCAGCAACCAGCGAAAAGGCCUUGCAAGAUCACCUCAAAGGGAAGGCGCACAUGAAGAAGGCAGCUAAGCUCGCCCAGCCAAUGGCUGAAACAUGGCAUGAGGAUGAUGAUGAGGCUAUGCAGGUUCAUUCAAAAGAAAAUGUACUCGCAGUCUUGCCAGACAAGCAGAAAGACCCUAACAUUGUCACGGUGACAAGCAAGACACAAAAGCCGGACUUGACCUGCAAGGUCUGCGGAAUUACUUCAACAAGCCAGAAAGCCAUGCAGGAUCACCUUGAAGGGAAAGCCCACAAGAGGAAGGUCUCUAAGCUUCCGCAGCCAAUGCCUGCUUUAGAGCUUCCUUCAAAAGAAAAUGUGCCAAAAGAUGCAUCCAUACUUUCGGCCGCAGAAAGUGACAAGAAGCACAACUUGAACUUGAGCUGCACGUUGUGCGGCAUCCCAUUGACGAGUGAGAAGGCCAUGGAAGAUCACCUCAAAGGGAAGUCCCACAGGAAGAAAGCCACGGCAUUGGUGCGUGAGGCGACAGAGCAUGUGCAGGAAGAGAAAGAGGAGAAAUGUAGCUUUACUCCCACAAAAAAGACGAUGAUGACCAAGGAUGGGAUGAUCCACGACGUGAUGCAGAUAGACGAGAAAGAGGAGGAAGCUAGCUUUACUCCCACGAAAAAGACGAUGAUGACCAAGGAUGGGACGAUCCACGACGUGAUGCAGAUGAAUGGCUACGUUUUUUGCGAGGUGUGCAAUGUGAGAACCGCCGAUAUUGUCACUAUGAUGUGCCACCUCCAAGGGAUCAAGCACAUUUCCAAGGCCCGGCAGGAAGCUACGAAACCACCGGCAGAGACGGUUACCAUUGCUACCUCUGUUGCUAAUGGCGAUCCACAAAUGGUUGCUGAAGUAAUAACCAAGGAUGUUGCUUUAGCAACCAAUUUCCACAUCACAGAGACUCCAGGUCAGGAGGAGAUGAUGGAUGAUGGCGCCGACUCUAUAGGUGGCUCUGAACUGGUAGAAGCCAAGUCCAAGGAAGCUUCUCUUGUCCCUGGGGAACCGGCAGUGGGAGCAUGUGUCCCGGAGUCCAUGGCACCAUAUGGAGGUGCAACGGUCGGGUGUCCAACUGCCAAAGUUGAAGAAAAUGAAGCAGACGCCGAAGGAAAUAGCUCGGGGAUGCAAGAGAUGGAAGCUGUCAAGACCAAUGGUAUCGUGGUGGUGCCUGCUGAUCAGGAUGAGGUCAAGUACCAGGUGGAGGGCAAGGAGUUCAUUGUGCUGCGGCAGCCAGAUGGUAGGCUCUCAUGCCGACUGUGCGACGUGCAUGGCUGUGAGAAGUACGACAUGGUCAAGCACCUCUACACCCAUUUGGGCAACGCCCAUCUUGCCGAUUAGAGGAGCAGGUAGCGGUCGCAUUGCCACACCGAUAGUGAACAACAGCAUUUCUGGAUGUGGCAAACAAUUACUAUUUAUUGGAGUCACUAGCCUUGCUAUCUUGUAUUGGUACCUAUAUAUUCUUUGCAAUGAACAGGUCAUGAUCCAUUGUUGAGAUAUGAGAUGAACAGCAGGUAAAUUUGACUUCCCAUGUUUCUUCAUGGAGCUCUCGUUGUUUCUUCAUGGAGUAUGCGUGAAGCUCAAAAUCAUGAAAC